AUGUUCAAGUAUCAGAAUGUGAAUGUCACUGAUUUACCUGAGUCCGUGGAUUGGAGGGACAAAGGAGCGGUCACUCCUAUAAAGAGACAAGGCAGAUUCAUGUUGGGCUUUGCUGCGUUAGCUGCUGUGGAGGGAGCCUUUAAGAUCAACACAAGCCGCUUGGUUUCUCUGAAUGGUGGUGUGACAUUAGAAGAUAACUAUCCCUACACAGAAACUCAGGGUUGCUGCCAGGAACGGAAAGCAAGAACACCUGUAGCAUAUAUAACUGAUUAUCAGCAUGUGCCUGCAAAUAAGGAGGCUUUGCUUAAACAUGUAGCCCACCAAACAGUUUCAGCUGCUGUCUUUUCUGAAAAAGUAAAUUUUAAGCAGUAUAGAGGUGGUUUAUUCUUUGAGCAUCAUGAAGAUUAUCCUAAUCAUACUGUUACUAUAGUUCGGUACGGGAAAUAUCGGAACUUUUUGAGGGAUAAGGGUUACAUGAAGGUGGCAAGGGAUAUUGGAUUGCGUUACGGUGUUUGCGGUAUUGCGAGAGCUAUCAACUUCAAGGAGGAAUUCAGUCCAAUGUUUCUUGAAGAAGAGCAAAGACAGGAAAUAGUUAAUUAG